CUUGAACUGACGCAAUCCCAGGGAGCCGAAAAUUUUCGGACGAGUAACAGGGGACGGUAGACUCCCGAUUAGCUGAGCCCACUCCCGAGUGCCCGAAUCCUCCUCAUCGGCGUGUCACAUAUGCCGACCUUUACGCGAUGGUUGCUGAUCUGGUUUCAGCGUUGCUAACGCUCGAUUUGAAGCCCGGGGAUCGAGUAGCUUCGUACUCCUCGAAUUGUAUUGAAAAUGUCAUCGCCUGUCUAGCUGCCACCGCCAUAGGGUGCAUCUGGGUCAGUGCAGCAGCAGACUUCGGGACUCAGGGGGUAUUAGAGCGAUUUGAGCAAGUACAGCCUCGAGUGAUUUUUGCGGUCGAUGCCGUCGUGUACAACGGAAAAGUACACCAUCAUCUGCCAAAGCUACAAUCUCUUCUUUCUGGACUCUCCGAGCGAUGCUCGCUGAACCCAGUCGUGAUCGUCAUUCAGUCAGCGAGGAACGCAUCCGCGUGGGACGACACCAACUGGGUCUCAUGGGACUCCUUCAUUUCGAAGGGCAAGUACAGCUGUUUGGGCCGCACUGCAGAAGGAGAAAUCGAGUGGUGUCGUCAAAGCUUCGAUUGGCCGCUGUGGAUACUUUUUAGUUCGGGCACAACAGGUCGCCCUAAACCAAUUGUGCACCGGGCUGGUGGUAUGCUGUUACAAGCGAAGAAAGAAUUUGUAAUCUGUGCAGACCUCCGCCCUGAAGACGUCUUUUUCUAUUAUACCACGACAGGAUGGAUGAUGUGGAAUUUCCUAGUGAGCGGUCUCAGCAUCGGAUGUGCGCUAGUACUCUACGAUGGGAGUCCUCUGAGGGACCCCUCUUAUCUGUGGCAUCUUGUGGAUGAACUGCAAAUAUCCAUUUUCGGAACGAGUGCGAAAUACCUCGAUCAGUUAUCGCGGAUAGGCUACAGGCCUCGUGACCAUCACGACCUGACUUGCUUGAGGCAUAUUUACUCGACUGGUUCGCCAUUAGCCCAUGCGCUCUUCGACUACGUGUAUGAACGUAUUCACCCCAACGUACUUCUCGCGUCUAUAACAGGAGGUACGGACAUCUGCUCACUCUUUGCUGGGAUGUGUUCUGCGCUGCCGGUACAUCGUGGGGAAAUCCAAUGUCGUAUGCUGGGAAUGGCAAUCGAAACCUAUACUCACGACGGGCACAAUUGUCAAGCUGGCGAGGCUGGCGAGUUGGUAUGCGUUAGACCAUUUCCAUGUAUGCCCAUCGGAUUUUGGCCCCUCGCUGGUUUCGGGACGGACGAGAAUGUCAAGGCUGCAGCCAAGAGGUUUCGUCUAUCCUAUUUUGCUGAAUACAAGGACGUGUGGUAUCACGGAGACCACGUGCUGAUCACACCUUCUCGGCAUGGAAAUGGAGGUGGACUCAUCAUGCUAGGAAGAAGUGAUGGGGUCCUAAAUCCUGGAGGGAUCCGAUUCGGAUCGUCUGAAAUAUACAACGUCCUUGAAAUGUGCUUCUCGUUUUCUGAAGAGCGGAACGCGAACGACACAAUUGAGGAUGCAUUGGUUGUGGCGCAGUCCAUUGAAGGCGGCACAGAUGAGCGCGUGAUCCUAUUCGUUAAGCUUUAUGGCAAGCGGACGCUAUCAAUAGAAAUGGAGCAGAAGAUUAGAUCGGAAAUAAGAUCACGACGGAGCCCACGCCAUGUUCCUGCUCGAAUAAUCCAAGUCGACGAUAUCCCAUAUACCUUGAACGGGAAGCGCGUAGAGAUUCCAGUUAAAAAGAUCAUCAAUGGAGCCCAAAUUUCGAGUGUGAAUUCUGCUACACUGCGAAAUCCUGAAUGUCUGGCUCAGUUUGCAAGUAUCGGAGAGAUGCUCCGAAAUGAGAUAUCGAUAGCGAUGAAACGUUGAUUUUGACAUGUUUGUACGUUGUUUGUAGGGUAGAAAAGGAAAAUUCACUUGCGGGCGUUUCUACUU